AUGUCCCACGACCGUCUGAAGUACCCGCUCACCAUCCUGCCCAUCGAACAGAUGAAGACCAGCCAUGUGGAGAAUGACUACAUAGACAACCCGUUGGCUCCCCCAGCCCGUCCCAAGCGGACCAGGGGUGUGGCCUUGCAACUGGCCCCACCCCCUGUUCCCUGUGACCAGGAAGUCACACAUCACUGGAUCUCCCUCAGUGGGAGCCCUAUUUCAGUGAGCAGCAGCAGCAGCACCUCCUCUGACCAGCGGCUCCUAGAUCACAUGGCUCCACCGCCUGUGGCCUCACAGGCCUCGCCCAGAGCCAUGCGUCUGCAGCCAAAGGCAGUGGACUGUAAGCCUCUGGACCUCAAGGGUCCAGCCCUCCCACCAGAGCUGGACAAGCAUUUCUUGCUGUGCGAGACCUGUGGGAAGUGUAAAUUUAAGGGAUGUGUAUCCCCUCGGUCAUUGCCCUUCUGCCAGGUCUGUAAUCAGGAAUGCCUGUGUUCUGUCCAGACCUUGGUCAAUUACGGCACCUGCAUGUGCCUGGUGCAGGGCAUCUUCUACCAUUGCACCAAUGAGGACGAUGAGGGCUAUUGUGCAGAACACCUGUGCUCUUGCUCCCGGUCCAACUGCUGCGCCCGCUGGUCCUUUGUGGGUGCCCUCUCCGUGGUGCUGCCCUGCCUGCUCUGCUAUCUCCCUGCCACGUCCUGUGUGGAGCUGGCUCAGCGUGGCUAUGACAGCCUGCGCUGCCCAGGCUGCCGCUGCAAGCACAAGAAUAGCAUCAUCUGUAAGACAGUCAGCAGGGAGGCCGGACAAGCCUUUCUGACACUUCAAGUUGAAGCCCCAGCACUGCCCCUGGAAAUGUGGGUCCCUCAUGCGGCCUCCUGA